AUGAAGCUACAACAAGUUUCUCAUCAUUAUAGAAGUUUAAUUCUCGAUGACUCUAUGAACAGUGAUACAAGUACUUCAAUGGCUACUAAUGAAGCAUCAGUGGCAGUGAAUGCUUCUAUACACUCUCGUACAAGCUCAAAAGAAGAACCACAUGGGAAUUUAUCAGUCCUUUACAUGUUUUCAAGAUACAAAACUUCUCGAAAUGACAACAAAAACUCAUUUGAUGGUAGUACUGCAAUGACCAAGGAAUCGGAGGAAAAAUGCACCCCUCGUGAACUUUAUCAGUUUUGUAGCUGAUUCCCAAUAAUUUUCGAGCAAGCCUUCUUCCAGCAAAAUUGGUAAUACGUCUUUCGUGUUCACCUGAUUUCUUAAGAUAGAAACAGUAUUGCAAAAAUCUUGGAUUCGAAUGCCGCAUCCAUCCACCACUAAGUCCCGAUUCCAACCGAUUAUAUUGAAGUGAUGAUCCUCUAAGUCCAAUGUUUCUAAUACUUCAGGCAGCCUCACGUCCCAAUCUACCAUACCUACUGAAAAUAAAAAGUUAUAAGAAAUAUGGG